AUGGCAAGUCGUCAAGAUGGGCCGUCCUUCGGCUCGAGGAGGCUGAACGGACGGGCUAUCGGCCAAUUCGUUAUCGACAAAGAGAUUGGCAAGGGUAGCUUUGCACAGGUGUAUGUGGGCUGGCAUAAGGAGUCGAAAGCCGCCGUUGCCGUCAAGUCUGUUGAGCUCGAACGACUAAAUAAGAAGCUAAAAGAGAACCUCUACGGGGAGAUCCAGAUUCUCAAAACAUUACGGCACCCUCACAUUGUUGCACUUCAUGAUUGCCUUGAAUCAUCUACCCAUAUCAACUUGAUUAUGGAAUACUGCGAACUAGGAGACCUGUCGCUUUUUAUCAAAAAGCGAGACAAGCUGUCUACACAUCCUGCCACCCACGAUAUGGCUCGAAAGUACCCUAGCGCACCAAACUCGGGUCUUCACGAAGUCGUCAUUCGUCACUUCCUGAAACAACUGGCGAGUGCACUGGAGUUUCUUCGCAGCAAGAAUUACGUCCACAGAGAUGUGAAACCCCAGAACCUGCUCUUGCUUCCAUCACAAGCUUUUAGAGCCCAGAGAGCCCUCCCCAUCAUGUCCGCUAGCCAAGACUCAUUAAUACCCGUUGCCGGUCUGGCUUCACUGCCGAUGCUCAAGCUUGCAGACUUUGGUUUUGCCAGAGUCCUUCCAUCAACAUCUCUGGCCGACACACUGUGCGGCUCUCCUUUGUACAUGGCUCCUGAGAUUCUCCGCUAUGAGCGAUACGACGCCAAGGCCGAUCUUUGGUCUGUAGGCACGGUCCUGUACGAAAUGAUGACCGGUCGGCCGCCUUUCCGGGCACGAAAUCACGUUGAACUCCUUCGCAAGAUAGAAGCCGCUGAGGAUGUCAUCAAAUUCCCAAGGGAAGUCUUUGUCAGCCCUGAAAUGAAGGCCCUUGUCCGAAACCUACUCAAGCGAAGCCCUGUGGAGCGUCUAAGCUUUGAGAAUUUCUUUUCCCACCCAACAGUUACGGGUGAGAUCCCUGGAUUAGUGGAAGACGAUAUUCCAAAACCUCCCAAACGAGAACUACAGCCGAUUCCCCAGGGAGAAGAAUACCCUCCAUCCCCUCGAGCACCCUCUGCUCGCCACUCAGGUUCAGACAACCCACGGGAACAAGUAGCAUCGCAAUCCUCCCGGGAAGCCGCACCUCGAUCGCCGCCACAGGGAAGCCAUGGCGAUGGUCGAACCAGACGUCAGUCUACCGAUUUGCAACGGCCUGGGAACUCCCCUCGCGAUGCGGGAGCUGGUCUGGGUAUCCAUCGACCAUCACCCCAGCACAUGACAUCUUCACCCAAUCAACCUCGUGUCUCUGAUAGAUCAUCUCGAGAGCAACCAACCUCACGAAGCAACCCAUCCCACGAAUCGUCUCCCAGGUUGUUGAGGCAGUCAUCCACUGGCAAGAAGAUCACCGAAGAGGAGAAGGCAGCGCAGGAUGUGAUGUUUGAAAGAGAUUAUGUCGUGGUCGAGCGUAGACAUGUUGAAGUCAAUGCUUUGGCCGAUGAACUGGCUGCAAAUGAAAGGUUGUCUGGCCAAGGCUCCGACCCCCGUUCCGCGCAGAUGGUACGGCGAAGCACGCAACAAGGGGCACCGACAUCAACAACUGGUGCAAUCCCGGCACCGUCCUCUCGCACCGCCCUUGUAGCCCAGGGUCGCACAAUUCACGACCGCAGGUCAUCCUACGAGCAGGCGUUGUCUGCUAGUCCUGGCUCUGCCUCUAGUGCCAUUUCCAAGGCUAUUCAGGAUGCCAGUCUGAGGCUGUUUGGCUUCAAAGUCGCUCCAGUUCGUGGUCAGGGCCACUCACCUCCCAUGUACCACCCGUUCCCAGCAUACCCAACGCCGUCUUCUCCCGGUGGUCUGAUUGGAGAUGGGAAGAGCUCGCCAUCAGCAGAUGAAGACGUGAGAACUAAGGAUGCCAUGACGGAAUAUGCUGAACGAAGCGACUGUGUAUAUGGGUUCGCUGAAGUCAAAUACAAGCAGCUUGUUCCCAUGGCACCUUCAAUGGAUCAUGGUCUCGGCGGCGUUGGUGUCGACCAACUCUCCCAAGAUGAAGAUGGCCUCACCAUUGAAGCUGUUGUUGCGUUAUCUGAAGAGGCCUUGGUGCUGUAUGUCAAGUCCCUUACCUUGCUCGCUCGGGCAAUGGAUCUUGCCAGUGUUUGGUGGUCCAAGAAGGGUCGAGGUGACGGUGGCGGAGGUGUAUCUGCCGCGGCUACGGAAAACAUCGCGCAAAGCAUCAAUGCUAUCGUGCAAUGGGUUCGACAGCGCUUCAACGAGGUAUUGGAGAAAUCGGAGAUCGUGCGAUUCAAGUUGAUGGAAGCUCAAAAGAUGCUACCAGAGGAUCACCCCAAUCAUCCAUCGAACCAGGGCGCGGACUCCUUGAUCUCGUCAUCCGGAUCAACAGCGAAGCAGGUGUAUCUGACUCCAGGCAUCAGCGCAGAAAAGCUUAUGUACGAUCGUGCGCUGGAGAUGAGUCGUGCGGCUGCGAUUGACGAGGUGACAAAUGACAAUCUUCCUGGCUGCAAGAUUUCCUACAGAACUGCGAUUCGCAUGCUUGAGGCAGUUCUGGACAAUGACGAUGAUGAAGUAUCUCGAAAACUAUCUUCUGGCAAAGAGCCGACCAGAAGCUUACCCAAAGAGGCUAGCAGUGAGCUAGACAGCGAUGAAGAGGCUCAUGUACGAAAGAUGAUCCAGAUGAUUAAGGGCCGCCUUGCAGCGGUUGUCAAGAAGCAGCAAAUGAUUGCCGACGCCAACACCAAGGAACAACAAGCACAGCUGCAAGCUGCACGUCGACGCAGUGGCGACGUAACACCGCGCAGCGUGCCAUCGCAUGGCUCGGCAUGA